CUCAAUUAGUUAAAAUCAAUGGAAAAUUUUUGAAGAAAAAAAUGCGUUGGAAAAAUACAGUAGUGUAAAAUUCACUUUUUGAUUAAUAAGGGAUCAUAAUGUUUUGAAAAUGGAGAAGGAAACCGAAAAUCGCUCUAUUCUAGAUGCAUCAGAAGGUCAAACCUACCAAACGUAUGGUGAGUUCUCGGGCAGUAUUCAAAAUAUGAAGGAUGACGUCAUGGACCAACGCGAUGGACCAAAAGCGUCACCGGGUACAGAUAUUGAACUGGACGAGGAAGGCUUAAGCUCUUCAUUAAAAACGACGAACACAGAAUGUAUAAUGCAUCUUCUGAAAGGAAUGCUAGGAACGGGAAUUCUUGCUAUGCCCGUUGCAUACAAAAACGGCGGACUGUGGGUUAGCCUGGGAGUAGUGCUGCUGAUCGGUGUUAUAUGUACCCACUGUAUGCAGAUCCUUGUCCAGGCUGGGAUUGAACUAACAAAAAGAACAGGCCUGACGGACUUGGACUACUCAGAUGUAAUGGAGCAAGCGUUUGCUACCAACGACAGAACAAGGAAAUGGAGUAAGGUUGCAAGGAUUUCAGUAAACGUCUUCCUCUUGAUUACGCAGUUCGGGUUCUGUUGCGUCUAUAAUGUCUUCAUUGCAGAGAAUAUUCAGCAGGUUGUUGAGCAUGCGCACGAUUUUUCCCUGAAUGACAAGGCAUACAUUGCAUUUGUCGGCUUGUUGGUUGUUCCAUACGUGAUGAUAAAAAGUCUGAAAACGCUUGCUCCUUUUUCUACAGUCGCUAAUCUUCUGAACUGGUUUGGAAUAAUCGUUGUAAUUGCCAAUUUGGUCCAGGAUUUGCCCGAUUACAAAAUACGCAGCCCAGUGGGUAAACUCAACACGUUGCCUUUGUUUUUUGGCCAGGCCAUUUAUUCUUUUGAAGGAAUUGGUUUGGUUUUGCCAUUACACAACAAAAUGCGAACCCCUGCCGCAUUUCCAGGUAUGACAGGAAUUCUGACGCUUGGGCUUACCAUAACCAUUUGCUUAUACAAUGUGGUUGGUUUCUAUGGUUACCUGAAAUAUGGCGAUGACGCCAAGGGGAGCGUGACAUUGAACUUGCCCUCAGACAAUUGGUUAUACCUUUCAACAAAGCUGAUGUUUGCUGUCGCUCUUUUCAUAAGCUACGGGUUAAUGUUUUACGUUCCUUUUAACAUUAUUUGGCCGUUUCUGGAAAAAAGAUACACAGCUCGAACGAAAAAAGAGUUGCCAAAGUAUGCUGAGUAUGUCUGCAGGUUUAGCCUCGUGUGUGUGAUAUGUGGAAUGUCGGCAUUGGUGCCACAUUUAGACCUUCUCAUCUCACUGAUUGGUGCAUUUGCAAGCUCUUUCCUCGCUCUUAUUUUUCCUCCACUCAUACAGCUCGUCACCUUUCAAUGCAGCAAAAUGACAUGGACUUUAAAUAUAACAAUAAUUUUACUUGGAUUUUUUGGUUUUGUUGUUGGAACGUAUUCGUCUUUACUGGAAAUAUCCAAGACAUUUUAAAACGUUUACUUUGAAAUGUCGUUCACGUUUAUUAUAUAAACUACGGUAUA